UGCCCCCCCACUAUAUAUUUGAGCCUUGCGAGGGCCACCGAUGAGAUGAGAAGUAGGGAAAGAAAAAUGAAGUCUCGGGAAGUAUCGGUUCUGGUUUUGUGUUUGGUUGUGUUGUUUCUUGGAGCGAUUGCUGAGUCUCCCACAUGUCCUGCUAAUCUAGAUAGUGAAUGCGGUCAUUCUGGGGAUUGGGAAGGGGAAUUUUUCCCUGGUAUUCCUAAGAUUAAGUAUGAGGGUCCUACUAGUAAAAAUCCACUGGCAUACAAAUGGUACAAUGCCGAUGAGGAAAUUCUCGGGAAGAAAAUGAAGGACUGGAUGAGAUUCAGUGUUGCAUAUUGGCAUACAUUCCGUGGGACUGGAGGAGAUCCAUUUGGUGCUGCCACUAAGCAUUGGCCAUGGGAAGAUGGUACCAAUUCAGUGGCUAUGGCAAAGAGGAGGAUGAGAGCUAAUUUUGAGUUCUUAAACAAACUUGGGGUUGAGUGGUGGUGCUUCCAUGACAGAGAUAUAGCCCCAGAUGCACCAACUUUGGAGGAAACUAAUGCAAACUUCGAUGAAGUGGUGGCUGUUGCUAAAGAGCUUCAGGGAACCAAAAUUAAACCUCUGUGGGUUACGGCACAACUCUUCAUGCACCCUCGAUACAUGCACGGUGCUGCUACUAGCUCUGAAGUUGGUGUAUAUGCAUAUGCUGCUGCUCAAGUCAAGAAAGCAAUAGAGGUCGCUCAUGAUUUGGGUGCAGCAAACUAUGUAUUCUGGGGUGGCCGCGAGGGUUAUCAAACUCUAUUGAACACUGACAUGGGGAGAGAGCUUGAUCAUAUGGCUAGGUUUUUUCAAGCUGCCGUGGCCUACAAGAAGAAGAUUGGAUUCAAUGGAACAUUGCUAAUUGAACCCAAGCCCCAAGAGCCUACCAAACAUCAGUAUGAUUGGGAUGCUGCAACAUCAGCUAAUUUCCUGCGGAAAUAUGGUCUUAUUGAUGAUUUUCAGCUUAACAUUGAAUGCAAUCAUGUCACCCUAUCGGGUCACAGUUGCCACCAUGAUCUUGAAACUGCAAGGCUCAAUGGGAUUCUCGGAAGCAUUGAUGCAAACACUGGCGAUCCUCAAGUUGGUUGGGAUACUGAUCAAUUUAUGACCGACAUCGGAGAGGCGACCAUGGUUAUGCUCAGUGUUGUGAGAAAUGGAGGAUUGGCACCUGGUGGAUUCAACUUUGAUGCUAAAUUGCGAAGAGAGAGCACAGAUGUUGAAGAUUUGUUUAUCGCUCACAUUGGUGGAAUGGACACCCUUGCUCGUGGACUUCGAAAUGUUGCUAAGCUAAUUGAGGAUGGUUCUUUAACUGAGCUUGUUCGUAAGAGAUACGAGAGUUUCGACACCGAGAUCGGCGCACUAAUAGAGGCUGGUAAGGCUGAUUUUGAAUAUCUUGAGAAGAAGGCCUUGGAAUGGGGAGAACCAAAGGUUCCUUCUGGCAAGCAGGAACUUGCUGAGAUGAUUUUCCAGUCGGCACUUUGAAGAAACAAGAGCUGUUUCUUCUUCUAUUAGUUUUUCUUUUCAUUUUUCCAUAUGGUUUAGAAUAAUGAAGGCCUAUUCAUGGGUUCAGUCUUGUUCUGAUUAUGGCAGAAAAGUAUAAUAUAGAACAGGUAGAAGAGUUUUAGGUUCUACUCUAGUUGAUAACUUUAUCUUUGUUGGGUGUGAUUAAUGUAACUAUUAGCAAGGGAAAGUGGUAAGUUCAUUUUUAUUUGGAUUCUAAAUAUGUUUUUUCUUUCUGUUCUUUAUCAUCCUCGUUAAGAUUGCUUUUAAAUUGAUGGCUGAGUUAAUGCCCUACUUAUUUA